AAUUUCGAAUGUACAAAAACGUGUAGGUUAGAAAUCAUGUUUACAUCUUGGCUAAUAAAACGCCCAUGGUGUAACAAGUUUCAAAAAAGAUAUGUAUCAAAAGGCACAACAAUCGUGAAGAAUGAACAUGGAGAACAGGAAAUCACGAAAAUUCGAAACAUCGGAAUUUUGGCACACAUCGAUGCUGGCAAAACCACUACCACAGAAAGAAUGUUAUACUAUUCUGGUCUCAUUAAACAUAUGGGAGAGGUUCACCAUGGGAAUACGGUAACAGAUUAUAUGGAUCAAGAACGUCAGCGCGGUAUAACCAUUACUUCUGCAGCAGUGACAUUUCAAUGGAAAAACUACCGUAUUAAUUUAAUCGACACUCCAGGACACAUUGACUUCACUAUGGAAGUGGAGCAAACGUUAAAAGUAUUAGAUGGAGCAGUAGUCAUAUUAGAUGGAAGUGCAGGUGUUGAAGCUCAGACAUUAACAGUCUGCAGACAAGCUGACAGAUAUGAUAUUCCUAGAAUUAUUUAUGUAAAUAAGAUGGACAGGGCAGAUGCUAAUUUUGACAGUAGUUUAAAAUCUAUUGAAUCCAAGUUAGACACAGAAGUAUUACCGACGCAAUUUCCAAUUAAAGAGAAAGGAAAUUUAGAAGGAAUUGUGGAUGUUAUUACUUUAGAAAAAUUGAUCUUUUCAAAGAAAGAUAUGGGUAUGAAAUAUUCCAGAGUAAAAUUAUCUGAGAAUGAAGAUACAACUUUAUGGGAAAUGGCAAAUGAGAAACGUAGAAGCUUAACAGAUAAAUUAUCCAACAUGGAUGAUGAAUUAGCUAACAUAAUAAUAGAACAGGAAUCUUUGGAUGCAGUAACUCCACAAAUGUUAAUUGAUUCCUUGCACAGAUCAACUAUUAGUAGAAAAGGUGUUCCUGUGCUCUUAGGUAGUUCUUAUAAAAAUAUUGGAGUUCAACCUUUAAUGGACGGUGUUCUCUUGUAUUUACCAUCACCCAAUAAAACUAAAUCUUCUGCGUAUUACCGUUGUUUUGAUGACAAACUUUGCGCCAGGGCAUUUAAAGUCGUCCACGAUAAGCAAAAAGGACCAAUUACAUUUUUUCGAAUUUAUAGCGGCAACGUAGAAAAAGGCAUGAAGCUAUAUAACGUCCGCAAAGAAGAAAAGGAACUCGUAGGAAAAUUGUAUAUCGCGUACGCUGACGAGUACCAAGAAAUACCGAAGAUCACACGUGGCAAUAUUGCAGCCAUAACGGGAUUAAAAAGUACAACAGCUGGAGAUUUAGUAACGACCAAUCGAACAACGACAGAACAAGCAAAGAAGAAACUAAGGGCAGAGAAAGGUGUUGCACUGGAAGAUGUAGAGAAAGUAUUUGACAACAAUAUUAAGACGUUAGAGCCAGUCUUUUUUUGUUCAGUUGAGGCGCCAUCGUUAUCUACGCAAACACUUUUAGAGAAGGCUCUUCAGGAACUCGAAAGAGAAGACCCAAGUUUAAGAGUAACUCAAAAUGAAGAAACAGGUCAGAUCGUGCUUGGAGGAAUGGGUGAACUGCAUUUAGAAAUUAUCAAAGAAAGAAUUAGAACCGAAUAUAAGGUCGAUGCUGAAUUAGGUCCUUUGCAAAUCUCCUAUAGAGAAACUAUAAAGGAACCUAUUUUAGAUACCUUUUCGACUGAAUAUAAGAUAGGAAGCGCUAAUCUAAAAAUUACAAUAGUCAUGUCGUUGAUACCGAACUACCAAGAAAUGGAGACUUUAUUAUUAGAUAAAUCACAGAAUUAUGGUGAUAGCUUAAAUGCUAUACCGGCACAUAUAAUGAAGGCAGUGAGGAAUGGUGUUAAAUUAGUUCUUUUACACGGGCCGAAAUUAAGUUAUCCGGUCGUAAAUAUGGGCGUUAAAUUGCAUAGUUUAGAAUAUGGAUCUGGUAUCACGCCAUCGUUAAUCAGUGCUGCUGUUUCACAGUGUACUCGACAGUUGAUGAAGGAUGUUGGAGUUACACUUCUAGAACCUGUAAUGCGAGUCGAAAUUGUGGUGCCUGAGGAAUAUUUAAGCAUCAUCAUGAAAGACUUGCCGAAAAGACGUGCAGAAGUAAAAUAUAUCGAUACCUACAGACAAAACAAGGUGGUCCACUGCCUUAUUCCAUUAGUCGAGUUACUAGGAUACUCAAAAGCAAUAAGAAUAAUCUCAUCAGGGCAUGCAACGUUCUCGUUAGAAUUUGACCAUUACGAAGUAAUGGACUCGAUGAACGAAGCAGAAGCGAUUAAAAGAGUUACUGGAUUCUAUUAGAAAAUUUAGAAAAUUCUAUUAGAAAAACGUGAAAUGAAAAAGGUAUCUUUCUCAGCAUACAAUAUGCAAUAUUAUUUAUACCAAAUAUCUGUUGUAUUUUAAGAUAUUAGUGAUUUAAUUGUACAAAGAUAGAAAUUAAAUCGCUAUAAAAAUUAUUUUCAACUUACUUAAGGAUUAAGAUCAGGGUUUACGAGAAAAGAGCAGUCGUAUGUGCGAAUUUCUCAUUUGUCAAGACUUCUAUGUCUAAAGUGAAGUAAACAGUAUGAUACACAAAAAUUAAAA